AUGAAACCAACCUGGUGGCCCGGAGAAGAACAUGAAUCCUUCACAGAAUGGGCUGUAUCCCAAGGAAUAACUCCCAAUGGAAUUGCCCCAGCCCGGUUCCCAGGCCGUGGUCUGGGCAUGAUAGCCACGCGAAAUAUCAAAAAAGGCGAAUCUCUUCUCAGAGUACCAUUAGAAGCAAUGUUCACCAUAAAUUGCAUCCCUGAAUCAUUCAGCAGCAAGUUCCCCGAGGGAACGCCCGUCCAUGCCCUAUUCGCAGCAUUCUUUACAAAUAGCGACGCUGAAGCCCUCCAGAAAUACGACCUCUGGAGAAACACCUGGCCCAGUCGCCAGGAUUUUGAAGAUAGUAUGCCAAUUGUAUGGCCUGAAUCCCUCCGGGGGUCGGACCCCGACCAGACAUUGCUCCCUCCAUCGAUAUCCGGGACCUGGAAUACUUUCCAGAAGCGAAUGAGCGAGUAUCCCUACGACUCAUCUCACCAGAGCCUUCUCCCUCAGCAGGAGAAACGGUUACAGGCUGCAUGGGAGACGGUCAUUUCUGUCUUUCCGGAAACAGAUUGGGAGACGUUUUCAUAUCACUGGCUUAUUGUGAAUACAAGAUCGUUUCAUUAUCUGAUGCCCGGGGAAGAGGCGCCGGAGGAUCGGAAUGAUGCUAUGGCUUUGUUGCCUUUUGCGGAUUAUUUUAAUCAUUCGGAUGUUAUAGAUGAUGUGAAAUUCAAUGGCAAGGAAUAUGUCUUUCGAGCUACGAACGACUACGACGAAGGAGAAGAGGUAUACAUGAGCUACGGCCCUCAUCCGAACGACUUCCUCUUUGCUGAAUAUGGUUUUUUCCUCGACAAAAACGACUGUGAAACAUUAUAUCUCGACGAUAUAAUUUUCCGAGAUCUUAAUCCUUCUCUCCAAGAAGAACUUAAUCUGCAGCAAUACUAUGGUAACUACCAAGUAACAUCCACCGGCGCUUGCUACCGCACCGAAAUCGCAGCAUGCAUCAAGUACAUGACACCCAAGAACUGGCAGAACUACGUUCUUGGGCACUCAACCAAAGGCGUAGACGAUAAGAAGACAGAGACUAUUAUCCGCAAAUGGAUAAAGGCUUACGCCGGAGAGGCCAGCACGACGGUUGCAAAGGUGGGGGAUAUGACUAGUCAAACAGAUGGCAGAAUUGAAAUGCUUCUGAGACGGUGGAAGCAGAUCUAUGAUUUGUGUCAACAGGCAGUGGAAGCCGUGUCUUGUUAG